AUGGAACCGCUACGAUUCGUGCCUCAUAUGAAUCUAUCUUUACAAUUAUCCAGCAACGUAAGCGCUCAAAAUCAGUCCCUCCAAAGUCAAGAUGGCAUCAUUAUUGAACAAUAUCUCGAGGCCUACAUGGGAGAAAGAAGAAGAGAUAUGGUGUCCGUGGGGUUUCUCACGUUCGUGUACGUGCUAAUAUUCUUUACAGGUAUAUCAGGGAAUGUAUGCACAUGCAUUGUGAUCGCCCGGAACAACUACAUGCAUACAGCGACUAACUACUACCUCUUUAGUCUGGCCGUGUCGGAUAUGCUAACACUCAUAUUUGGUCUUCCAACGGAAGUAUAUGGAAUUUGGGAAGCGUAUCCAUGGAUAUUUGGUGAAUCUUUGUGUGUAUUUAAAUCCUUCCUCGCUGAAAUGACGUCAUAUGCUUCAGUUUUGACAAUAACAGCGUUUACGAUUGAACGCUACGUAGCAAUUUGUCAUCCAAUAAAAACUCAAACUCUUUCAAAUUUAUCACGGGCGAUGAAAACAGUGUUCUCAAUAUGGAUUAUUUCUUGCUUGUUCGCAUUACCCUACCCGAUUUUCACCCGGGUUUUUCCAUACAUAGUCAUAAACGGAACGGCCAUUCCGGACUCAUUACAAUGUAAUAUUCCCUUUGAAUGGCAGAGAGGCAUGUCUUACAUGUUCCAGAUAUCUACAUUCCUCUUUUUCGUGUUUCCAAUGGCAGUGAUAAUCAUCAUGUACGCAUUCAUUGGAUUGCAGUUAAGGCGUUCACAACUCGACUCCAAACAUAAAUCAAAGACAAGGGCAAGGAGGGCCGUGGUUCGAAUGCUUGUUGCUGUUGUUGUUGCCUUUUUUGUCCAAUGGGCUCCCUUUCAUGCUCAACGCUUGAUGACGUCAUACAUGCCUCCCGAGAAUUGGACACCGGCCCUGAUACGAUUCCAGAGCGAUCUUUUCUAUGUGUCUGGAGUGCUGUAUUUCUGUAAUUCCACAAUAAAUCCUAUCCUCUACAAUUCAAUGUCAAAGAAGUUCCGUCUUGCCUUCAAAAGGACUUUAUGUCGUUGCUGUUAUUCGUCAGAGGAACUGCUGGAGGUUAAUGGGAAAACAAAGUCCGUGUAUUGCUCAGACAAAACGAACGCUCACGCGACAAGACAACAUCCGAACGUCAUUGCAAGAUUGUCGUACGUUGACAUCCCAGGUAGUAAGCUCAAUAGUAGCUUUCUAAAACCGGAUGUUUACAGGGAUUCGCAUUACCUCAAUCUUCACAAUAGGUUAUCUCCGACAAGGUGCUUUUAUCAAAAUGGCUCAACAGGAAAACUCAACGGCUCACUAUACAGUGUUGACAAUGAGAGAUGCCAAUUAAGUCCUACAAAUGCUGUUCAAAUUAAUGGUUUUGCGCCUCGAGCAGCUGGGCUCAGAUACCAGAAUUCAACAAACAGCAGCCUUGUCAGCUUUGCGGAUCUUGAGUCGGAUUCAGUUAUAGAACUGAAGUCUCUAUCCAGCUGUAGUUGUGGCAGUAAUACAAUGCUGAAUUCAAGACUAAUCGCAGCAUCGGGACGAAUUACAAACAAUAAAAGAUCAUCGUAUUUGUGA